CUGCUCAGUCGAGGCGUAAGAAGCUCUGCAGGUCGGACGUGUAUUUUUCCGCUCUCAGUUGGCGCGGAGCGCGCCACUGUGUGUUCAUCUCUAGUAGUGCUUGAUCAACAAGUUUUCCUUUUUCUGGUUUUAAAUGGGAUAGCCGCAACCCUCUACUCAAGUAGAAACAUUGCAGCGACACACCCACUUUAAGAGCUAGAGCUAACAGAAAAAUAAAUACGAGAUGAAGAUGGUACCGGCCCCACCACCGAUGACCUCUUCACCCAUUAUGUCUUCAGCUCACCAACAGUUCGAGGUGACGGAAGACACACCCGUCGACUUCCUGGAGGGAUGCAUGGAGAUUCUAGUCAUCUUCCCCAACGAGAAGAGCAUUCUCAUGUCUAUCCAACGGAGGAUGCCAAUGUUGGAUCUGUUGAUUCACGUGACGGCGGCCAACAAGAUCUCGCCGGCAGCUCACUUGCUUCAAGUCACGGACGAGGAGGGCCGGUUCUUGCCCCACAAGCCCAGCACGCCCAUCGGUUCGCUGAAUGCUCACAAGGUCUACAUCCUAGCCAAGAAUCGAUUGAUGUCUGAUCGAUCGGAUAGUCGCUCCAGUAACGCGAAAUCUUCUUCAGCUUCUCAGUUUGAGCAAUCGUUUCGUGUGCAGGUGCGCCUUCCUCGCAAUCAGUUGUUCGUGACCCGCGUGACGGGCCGGACGCAGCUCGCCGACCUGCUUCACACUGUGUGCAACGAGAAGGCUUUGGACCCACGACAUUAUGAGCUCAGACACCCAGUGAAUCUGGAUGAGCGUCUGCGUCUGAGUAGCUGCCUGGACGAUUACAAGUUACAAGAGGUCGUAUUGGUGCCUUUGGGCGGCAAGAACGCAUCGCUACUUACACCCUCAGUGUCCGUGAGCGACUUGUCGUCGUCAUCAUCCAACAGCAUGAACAGAAAGUCGGUUAACUUGUCUGCUAGCAACAGCAGCAAAAUGUCGAGCAAGUCUACGCUAAAACCCACCACGUCGGAAGCGACACUGGUUGGACACGAAAAGAAAAAACGAGGACUACUUGGUCUUCUUGGAUUCGGCAAACAUAAGAAAGGAUCGAGUAUGGGCGAUAGUGGUAUGGGUGACAGUGUUGGUGACCGGAGUAUUUCACCAUCUCGAUCGGAAGAGCCGGUUCCUCCGGCUCCUCCUGUUGAGCCGGUAGCUCCCAGCCCACCAUCGCCUGUCCUGUUUUCUAAACGGCUCGCUGAAGAAGCCGUGGCCAAGCGGAAUAGCCGUUUAAUGUUGAGCCAGAUGUCUACAGAGGCUUUCACUACACCGACAUCAACUGAUGGCCCUCCGCCUCUCCGUAAAACGAUUUCGACUACGUCCAACGGAGCGACGCCGCCAGCAAAUAAACCAAUCGCUAAGAAAAAGCGAGCUCCGGCUCCGCCUCAGCCACCACCGUCGACACAAUCGAAUGGAAUGAAUGGACCUCCCAAGAUUUCUGUUGAUAAGGCGGCGUCGGAGGUAUCGUCCUAUUCCACGUCAUCGUCGUCUGGUAGCAAUUAUGUAUCGCCAACGACGUCGGUCAUCCAUCAUUCUGAAGAGGAAGUGGUAUUGCGUAGUUCCUCACCUAAGCUAUCGUAUCAACGACAAGAUUCUAAUUACAUGUCACGUCAACGUCAGCCGGAUAGCGGAUGUAGCAGCCCAGUAAGGUCGCCAAGAUCCAACAUGAUCACAACUCCCGGCAAUUCUUCAUCAAAUUUAACGCAGGUGUCCAGCACUUCGAACGCUUCACUGGCUUCGGCCAUCAAAAAAAGGAAAGCUCCGGUACCUCCUCCUGCUCUUGACGAACAAGUCGAAGCCUCUGAGAAGAUACCGCCGGCGACUGUCACGGUGGUGGUCGAUGGAUCACACGACGAUUCUGACAGGGUAUCUUCCGUCUCUGACCAACUGUCGAGCGUAUCCGACUUGUCUUCGACGCGAAAAUCAGAGACGCCGGAUAUCAUUGAGCCAGCCAUCGUCGUUGAACUGACACCUCAACAUCGUCAUUAUGAACAGCAACAACAACAAACUUCAGUAGUGACACCCGUACCCGCUGCUCGUACUAGAGCCCCCCGUCCUGUAAAAUCUGCUACAACUCCACCGCCAUCACCGUGCGAUGAAGGCCAAGUUAUUGACUUGUUGGUGAAGGUUCUGCGCGACCACCAUGAAGCAAGUAGCAACCGAAAAUUGUCUUCCUCCUUCUGCUCUUCGUCAUCCGAAGGCGACGAUUUGACCUUGGACGACCAAAGUCUCGACAUGUUUUCUAGCCGAAAUGAGCUCAAUCAAACGAGUAAAGCUCAACGGGCGGUUCUAGCGGUCGAAGUGGCUGCGGUGGAUAAACGACAGCAGCAGCAGCAGCAGCUGGAACUGCGAUCGAUUCAGGGUACGGAAGCAGAGCGCUUGAAAUUGGCUCGGCAACAGCAAACCAUAAAGCUGGAACAAGAAAAUCUUACUCGGCAAAAUAUACCUAUGCUUGCAACGAUGGAACAGCCGAGCGUAUCGCCUGCGGAAGUGGAACACACCAAGCGGAAAAAAUGGGAUCGUUCCCCACAAAGUCAAGUCGACCUAUUGGCUACGCGUACCGAUUCGUCUGAUGAUGAAAUGUCGUUGAAGGUCCCGAUACCACUGAAUCGGCGGCCCAGAGUCCCCAGCGCUGCAGCCAUGAGCCAUACGAGUAGCGUCAGCGAAUUUUUCAGCCUAUCUGAGGCCGAAAGCGAGUCACCAAUUCAAGAACGAACGUAUGAAGUAGUUGGCUGGUCGGAAGAAAACGAGGAAAAUAUGGAUGACCCGGAUGUGUCGUUUGCUGCCAUGUGCGCAGCAUUGGCCAGACGGAAACAGCGAGGCGAUCUGGAUUUACCCAAUGAUCUGAGCGUUGUAUCAAUUGAGACGGUUCAAUCGCCGGACCAAAUGGGCAGCAGUUCCAGUGGCAGCAGCCAAUUGGGUGGUGGUGAUUCAGUUGGUGGAGGAUUUUGGCAACGGCCAGACAUCAAACCAGACUUGGACAGCCCCCGAUCAAUUGCAACAGAUUCCACAAACGCCAACUCUGAACGUCCAGCCAAUUCUAUUUCUUCCGAGGAUGAUUACGAGCAGCUCGAGUACCGAAGAAAGAAUAGCGAUGAAAAAGAGAAGAACGACAGCUAUCGCGAAGCCCACGAGGAAGAAGAGACGGUCGUAUCCGAACCUAUUUACACGAUGGUGAUAAAACCACCCAAGCCCCUUGUAGCUGUGGACUUGGAGCCGCAAACGAACGACAAAAUGGAACAGACCAAUGAAGACGUGCAAGUAGACGAGCCUGACAGGUGUGACGUAAAGGCCAUCGUAAUGCUAAGAGAGGAGGAGCCUGAGAUGGAGAGGGAUGCGGGUGAUGGACAGACCGAGUCGCCCAUUAUGUGGGAGUACAAAUUGCCAGCUCCGCCCACGCCCUUCCAGGAUUCGGCACAAUCGCCUUUGGAUAAACUUCAAAUUGCUAGCGAAUCGGAAUUGAGCCGUUCGACGCGCAGUUCCAUGUCGACCGACAGCCUACAGCAAAACAGGAGUGCGGAUGAAGAGAAUUUUGCCAAGGAUUCGCCUCGUUCGUCCAUCGAUUGCCAAGAACCCGAGGCUGAAACUUCGGCCGAGAUCUCCAUCAAAGAGGAUAACGACGUUAAAGAGGUGGCCCUUAAAUUACAUCGCGGGCUGGAACUGUUGGGCGAAACCACUACGGAAGAACCUUCGCUAGACGAUCCUGCGAUUGAAGAGGUUGUAAAUGUGGCCGAAGAAAAUAAAGUUGUCCUUCAGUCAAGUGACCCGGAGGCUAAGCCGUAUGGGAUCGAAUCGACGACUGACGAGCCCAUGUCGCAACCAUCUUCUUUGCCUCCAAUGCCAAGCACUUUACCGCCAAUCGAUAGCGACGAUGAAUUCUCUCCACCUGACAUGCAGUUUUCCAUCGCCACGUAUACUGUCCGCGUGAGCAAAGAUUCACCCUACGAAAAGAAAUUGACACGACCCGUUUUGCCCGAAGAAGUGUCAGAAAACAUUAUUAAUCCUAUUAAUGAUUCUACAAAGGAGGCCAACAAUCCGUUACCAAUAGUUACCGAAACAAAGGAGCAGGAAAUGAUAGCCGAUCCAGUUAAGACCGAAGAGAACUCCGGAAGUAGCCCUGUACCUGCAGCCGGCCAAUUGCCUCUGCCGAUGUUAAAUGCCGAUUUUAUCCAACAAUUUCAAAAUGCACUGCACUCUAUCACAGAUCCAAAGGCACGCGCUCUACAGGAAGAGUUUUUGCGUUUGCAGCAACAGUUCCUCACUCUGCAAAUGCAAGCCGUCGUGCAGCAAAACAGUGCAGUUACAGUAGAAUCUGAUCCCGUCGACAUCUCAACAGAUCAUUCCGAUACGACCACGUUGAAGGAGAAGACUGUUUUAAUUGAAGAAGCUCCAACAGCCGCAGAUUUACAAGCUGAGCCGUUGGUUGAAGCUGAUUCUAAACAAAUUCAACUAGUGGAAUCACCUGUCGAACCUCCGCUCAAAAUUACAGACCCAGCUCAAGAGCAGCUCCCGAAGCAAGAAAUUGAACUUGAACUUGAGACUCCAGUGUACCGCUACACUGGGCCUCCUCAAGUCAAACUCGAUACGUGGAAGCCUGGCCGCCCUCGCUCUGAAGUGAUCGACUAUAGUCGAUCGUCGAGUUUCAACGUUCCGUUGGCACCUGUAGAAAAGAAGAUCGAUGCGCCUGUAAUUGGUACCGUUGCAGCCACCGUCUUGGCAAUGGAUACGAAUACUAGUAGUCCGACCGUGGCUACCAUUCCUGAAGAAGUCGUUCUUCCAGUUCAAGUGUCACGUAUUCCAGAAGAAGAGAGCAAAAUCAAACCGAUAGUAUCGGAAGUUGAAGAAAUAUUGGCUGUUCGCGAAAAGAUAGAGCACAUUGAGAGCAGUAGCAACAACAGUAGCAAUUGCACUAGCCCCGUUCUUAAACCCAUCGUUUUGCGUAAAUCAUCUUUCAUUACCGCUCGUCCAUUUGAAGCUCGUCCCGUUUCUAUGCCCAUACGGAGGCCAAAUUUUACGCCUAUGGUUAUUCAACCUGUGCCCUUUGUCUUUGGCAAAAUGCGAGCUCCUGAAGUGCGUGGCUUUGCCUCGUUACCACCUGAUAAUCGAGUUGAAAUGCAGGGCAUCAGAAUGACUGGUCCAACGGGGGUAACUCCUUUCUCAGCAGUCAAUAAGAAUCGUUCAAUUGCACCAGUUAGUAAGGAGAAUCCCACGAUUGUCAUUCGCAACAAACUGAUCGAAUCAGCCCGUCGGCCAUCGGCGGAGCUUAAUGGCACGCCUCUCAAAUCAGAAGAUUCUCCUGAUCAGGUGGAAGACACGUUUGCAGAAGUAAAAGAAACUUCUCCUGCUGCAGUGGAAACACGCCGGACCACGUCGUCUAUUCGGCCGCUAUCGAUGCCGAUGAGCAGCAGCCUACUGUUGGCCGCUGGGGCAGGCGGGGUAGUCAAUAAACCCCAACCACUUAGCCCUGAGAUUUCCAAGCCACCUAUUGCAGCCCAACCGACUGCCAUUUCUGGUGCCGAUCCUUCUACAACUGCCGGAAGGCGUUCUUUGUCGUCAAAGUUUGUCCGCAAAGUCGAUCCUCGGGAAGAACUUCUCAACUCGAUUCGAAGCUUUGCCAACGGAGGAUCCCUAAAAAAGACAGGGGCCAGUUUGGAUAAGUAGGAACAUUUGUGAACAAGUCAACGCUGUCUGUGUCAAAAUUCCUUGCUAUAUAAAAACGCUGUUAAGUUUUCUAUUCACAUUCCAGGUUAAUCAUUCAAAAAAUGUUUUGCAGUUUUGAAACAUUUGGUUUCCACAGUUAGUUUACUUUUUUUUUAAGAUAAUUAUAUCAAUAAAAACUGUUAUGCAUUCCGAAAGUUAUGCUUAUUCAUUGUUUCAGUUCGUACUCUGCGCAAAUCGUUGAUGAAAAGAAAAAUGUUAACGGGAGUUAUAAAAUUAUUUGUGCAUAAAUAAAACUGGUUAAGUAUUUGCAUUCGAUUUCAUGUUAAACGCCCUAAAUGUUAAUCCAAAAAUUCUUGGGCGAAUAAAUACACUAUCACUCGAUCGUUUCGAGAAUAAAUCA